UGGUGACGUUUACCAUAUCAUGAUGGCGGUACCCUGGACUAUUUUGAAUUCCGUCCCGCUUUUCCAAGUUUUAUUCGUAGUAUUCUGUAAUAUGUAUUAUUAUUCCGGAAAACACACGAGAUAAGAGUGCCUCUAUCAUGGAUUCCGUCGUGGGAACCGAUUUGACGCUCCCCGUUGACAUCAACGGAAGCUGCGGACUGCCCGACUCCAUAGAUGCUGGAGAAUACUCCUUAGACAGCAUGACAGCUCCAUCCUUCCCUGACAAAAUGUCCCCAAUCAAAGCUCUCACCAUGAAGGACUAUGAGAACCAAAUCACAGCACUGAAGAAAGAGAACUUUAACCUGAAGCUACGGAUCUACUUCAUGGAGGAGCGCAUGCAGCAGAAAUGUGACGACUCCACCGAGGACAUUUUCAAAACGAACAUUGAGCUGAAGGUGGAGUUGGAGUCCAUGAAGCGAGACCUGGCCGAGAAACAGGAGCUGCUUGUGUCUGCAUCCAAAGCGUUGGAGAGUCUCGCUGGUCGAGAAUCUGGAGAACCACAGCGUGUGAGAGAGCAAGCUCGGAGAGAGAUGGAUGCACUCCGAGAUGCAUUCAACAAGAGAAUAACUGAUCUGGAACAGUCCCUACAAACCGCGGAGCAAGAGGUCGACAAGAUGGCAGCCAUCGCUGAGCAGGAGAAGCUCAGGAAUAUUAACAUGGAGAAGAAACUCCAAGCACUCGGCCCGUCGAGCACCUUUAACCCUGUCCCUGUCCCCGUCCACGACCUGCAGCAGGCCCUGCAGGAGAAAAACAAUAUCAUUGAGCAGCUUCAGAUCACAUUAAAGAACCAGGAAGCUGUGAUCCAUCAGAAGCAAAGUGCAGAUCAAGCGGGCGAUGCACCGUCAGCUGACCGUGUUAAACAGCUGUCGGAUCUCAUUGCCAAGAAAGAUCAGGAGUUUGAGGCGCUGAGGGACGAGCUCCAUCGACAGAAGGACAAAACGACACCGGACCUUCAGAGUGAGGUCAGGCGAGUGGAGAGCUGCAAUAAGCAGCUGACUGAAGAGCUCACCCAGAUCAGAAGCACCAAUGAAGACCUGUCUAAAACACUGGAGGAAAUCCAGAAUCAAAACAAGACUCUGUUAGGUAGGUUGGAGGAGAAGGAGAAUGAACUCAACUCUGAGAAGAAAAAUGCCCUAAAGCGAGACAAAACUAUCCAGGGGCUUACUCAGGUCUUCAAAGAAAAGGAAAAUCAGAUUGCAGAGCUGUGUCAUGAGAUUGAGGACCGGGAUGAUGCUUUAGCCAAAGCUCGAGAGGCAGCACACAAGGCCCAGCUGCAGAAAUACCAGGGAGUAGAGGAACACCAAAAUCUAUUAAUGGCAACGCAAACAGAGCUUGCCCAACUCCAAGGGGAUCAUCAUGCCAAGUUGCUCGAGGCCCAAAAGCUGCAGCGUGGCCUCGACAGGAAGGAGCAGGAGCUGGUUGACUUGCUGCAGGCCAAGGACCAGCUAGAGGUGGAACUAGAGGACCUGCAGCAGCAGAAGAAGAAAGGAGACAAGGCCCUGAAUGAUCUGAACAAUCAGCUCAAAAAGCUGAGCGGUGAGAUCGGAGACAGGGAGAGUGCUCUCGAGCAGCAGUACCAGGAGCUGCUGGAUCAGACCAAAAGAAAACUGCAGACCCACGAGGUCACCAUCCAGCGGCUCACUUCCACUCUGGCCGACAAAGAACAGCAGUUACAGGAGUACAUGAACAUGGUCGGAGACUUCGAGCAGAGUAAAAGUCCAGGAGGAAAUGAUAAUGUGCUUUCCAAGCUGCGGCAUCGGCUGAAAGAAAAGGAGAAGGCUCUGGAGCAAGCGCUGGAUGAGAAGUUUGCUGCCAUUGAGGAGAAAGACAAUGAGAUUCACCAGCUGCAGCUGUCCCUCAGAGAGAAGGAGAGGGAUCUUGAUAGGCUCAAUAACUUGAUCUCUCACAACGAGGAAACCCUCAAUAGUUUUGACAGUAUGAUCAAGGAGAAGGACGUUGAGCUGCAGCAUCUCGCUAACACGCUAAAGAACCUCCAGAGAGCUAAGCAGGAUGUAGAAGAUAACUUGAACAGAUCCCUGAGGGAGAAGGACUCCAUCAUUAGUCAGCUGCAGCUCUCCCUGGAGGGCAAGACGAAGGAUAUGGAGGAAAUGGCCGAAUUAACGCUGAGCCAGUCGCAGACUCACACACGUGACCUCGCUGAGCAGAUGGGCCAGAGGCUAAAGGUCACAGAGGCUAUGCUGGCAGAGGCUGUGAAGGCAAGAGAAAGGCUGGUUGCUGACAAUGAGAGUGCUGUGGAAGGCCUGUUGGCUACAAUCAGCAGCAAGGAUCAGCUCAUGAAGGAGUCUGCAGAGCACUACAACCGCAUGCUGUCGGAGCGCAGCCAGGAGAUUCUGCAACUGAAGAAGCAGCUGUCCGACAUGCAGCAGCAGCUUGUCACUGCCGAGAAGCAAAGCUCCACAUCAGCCCAGAAGGGUUAUUUAGAGCUAGCAGAGCUCCGAGCCCUGCUUGCCGAGAAAGACGGCAUCAUCAACAAACUUGUGCAGAGUGGUCAGGUGAGGGAGGAGAGGCAGAAAGAGGAGCCCGAUCAUGUGUUUGAGCUCCGACAAACUAUACAAAUCUUGCAAGAGAAGUUGGACGAAGCUGAGCUUUCCAGGCCGAGCAGUGAGGAUAAUGCAGAAAUCAUUCUGACCUCUAAGAAAACAGUCGUCAUUUUGAAAAAGGAGCUGGCGCAGAAAACCGAGGCACUGAAUAAAGCACUAAAGAGGGAGAAUGAGCUGAAGAUUUCUUUGCGAGAGCUCCAGUCAUUGCUAUCCGAACUGGAGGGUCGAUGUGAAGGUCAGGCUGCUAACAUCGAGUCUCUGACUUCCACUCUGAAGACCAAGGACGAGAUUAUCGAUGAUCUCCACCAACGCCUCGGUCAGGGAGGGGACAGUCGGGCCAAGCACACCCAGGAUCAGGUCAUCGGCUCCAGCCUGGAGAGAUCACUCCCGGGUCUCCCUCAGAGAGAGAGAACCAUCAUUGGUGGAGAUAGCCAGCAAGAAGCUUUGCCCAAACUUGUAGCCUUGCAGCAGGAGAAAGAUGCUCUGAACAUAGCACUAAGAGCCGAACAGCAGCUCUACUCCAGCCUGGUCAGGACUGUAAAGGAGCAGGACAGCGCCCAGCGUCUCCAUGCUCUGCAGCUGGAGCUGACAGCGGUGCAGCUGCUCAGGCAGCAGCUAGAGGAAGACAUCAGAACGAAUGAGGAGCUGAGGGACGACUUGGAGAAAGAGAUUCACCGAGCCAAACUCCGAGAAGGUAUGGAGCGGAUCGAUCCUAAAGAACUGCAGAGCAUGAGACAUCAACUGGAAGAUGCACAGCGCUGGAAUGCCUCGCUGCAAGCUCGCUUGGGAGCCAUCCAGAACCGCGGAGGAGGGGUUGGUGGUGCCAACGACGGUGACACUUUGAGUUUCAUCGGGGAUCAGACUUCCUACAUGAGCAUCUGUGUAGUCGACGGGCAGGAUGACGGCUUGGCUCUGCUUUCUGCACAGGAGCUCCGGCAGAAGGUGCACGAGCUCCAGGAUUGUGGCAGCAGGCUUCAGACAGAAAACGACGAGCUGCAGAAGCGGCUGUCGUUGUUGGAGAGGUCAGACGGUGACGCGCAUGACGACGAAAAGAAAGCUGUGGCCAGCAGUAGCUCCUUAAAACAGCAGGAGCAGAGGGCACAGGAGAUGUCGCCUGUGGCUCACAUCAACAGGACGCAUCACUCUGGACAGGAUAAAGAGAGUCAGACAGACAUCAAACUAGGACAGAUGGUGUCUGGAAAGAUGUUGGGGGAUGUAAGCAUGGACAGUGGCCUUGGCCUGAUCAGAGAGCAUGCUCGGUCGGUCAACAACACCCUGGACUCUGGAGGGAGAGAUUCUAGGCAGAGGAACACUGAUGCAAUGGCCCUUAAAUCCCUGCUUACUCAUUGCGGGGACCGGCUCAUUCGCCAGUACGUGGAGGCCUUGCAGGCUGCUGAGUCCACCAUUGCUUACUUGACUGCCUGCAGUCUGGACAGCCAGGGGCGAUUUGGCUCCAGUGCAUCUUCAGGUUCUGAUUCUGCCAUUCACAGCAGGUGCGUGGAGCUGCAAAAGGCCCUGCAGGAGAAGGAGGAGCUCAACAACCAGCUUUUAGAGCUUCUGGACUUGGCAGGGAAAGCUAUCACCUCCUCCAACAGCCAAGAAAGGAUGCCAGGAAUCAGUGAUUUAUGUUUGAAGAUAGAGACGGCCUUGCAGGAGGUGAGCCCGUCCUCUAAAAGAGAGCGCCCGAGAGGUGGUUCCGCAAGCACAGAGGACUCGAUGCAGGAGCUGCAGCGACACAGCGACUCUUUGCAGGAGGCACUGUGGCAGCAGAACAGGCUUAACGCGGAGCUGCAGGAGAAACUGAGGGCUGCAGAUGCCGCCGCUCAACACGACCACAACAAUGACCAGGAGGGUGAACGUUGGAGGCAGGUAGCGGAAAGGUCACUUCAGGAAAGGGAAUCACCAGAACGGGAAGGUGGAAUGGGUAGCUGUAUAAACCCGGAGAUUACCACGGUUCUGAUGAAGUGCCUCGGCUCCGCAGAGUCAGCCGUUUCUUCGCUGGCCGCACACUGUACAAACGCCGGCUGCCGGGCUCCUGAGGGAUCAUCACAGAGCAAUCUGGAGUUUCAGAUGAAUUUAGACAAACUUCAGAGAGCCCUGCAAGAGAGGCGGGAGCUGGGAGCAGCCGCCCAGUCAGAACCCGGCGGCGGUCUGUCCCCGGACGGACAGCUUCCCCGAGGGCUCCACAGCAACCUGUGCCGCCUCUACAAGGUCUUCAACGAUCACCACCAGAGGAUCUGUGACCUCCAGGCUUCCCUGCAAGAAGACAGAGGCCGUAGGGAGGAGAGUGAGGUCCACCGGACACCGCAGGAUGCAAAGGGGUUACCACCCGGUGUCCAGGUUGAACUGGAGACCCUCCAUAAGGCGCUGAGGGAGAAGAGGAAAGCGUGUAAAAGCCUGGAGGAGAAACUGGCCACGGCUCUAACCUCCCCUGAAACCGCGCGGAAAGCUCUGGAGCAGGAUGACAAAGGCGUGCAGGUGGAUUUGCAGGACCUGGGUUACGAAACCAGUGGCAAGAGUGAGAACGAUAGGGAAGAGAGCAGUAGCACAGAUCUAGAGGUUGGUGUGAACCCUAGUUGCAGCGCCUCUUGCCUGCCUUCCCGACACGAGCAGGCCACCUUCUCCUCUACGGAGAACCUGGACUCCACCUCCAGCACCCCGUACCCAAGUUCCCCAGCUCUCAGCUCAGCCAAGGUCAGUCUGAAAAGCCUGCAGGUCUACGAUGAGUACGGUGCUUCUAAGGACCCUCUGCAGCUUCAGGCACAGGUCCGAGAGCUCAAGGUCCAGCUGGAGAACCAGACCAAACUCAUCCUCCAAAUGCAAGGUCUUCUGCGCAGGACGUCUGUCUGCAGCGACCUGGUCGCCAACGCCUCUGAUCCCUCACCCGUCAAGGAUCAAGAAGACACGCGGCCGGAGGGCCGCAGCCAAGAUAGGAGCUACAGAAGUGGGCGGCUCGGGGAGAAAAAGGAGGGUGAGACCCCGGCGAUGAACGAUCGAGGCAGCUCUCUGGAUAUGGACCUGGAAAGAGAAAGGACACUGAACAGAAGCACGAGUGAACAGCAUCAGCAGAACCGCAGCGGCUCCACAUCACCCGCGAGACUGGACUCUUUGGUGCAGUCGCAGGCCAGGGAGCUGUCACACCUGAGGCAGCAGAUGAAGGAGAGCCGCGGGUUGGGGGCGCUGCAGCGACGGCAGCUGGACGAGCUGAGCAAGGCCUUCAAGGAGCUGCUGCAGGCCGGCGAGGUCGACUACUACGUGGGCGAGGCGGUCCAAGAGCAGCUGGACAAGAGCCUCGGCAUUCUGGACCGGCUUGAAGGACGGCUGGGCAAAGGAGAGUCUCGUGUGGUUAAUGAGGACGCGGUGGCCCUGGAACUGUCUCUGAGGUUGACAAAGGAGCUGCAGGAGAAGAACCGCCUGAUCCAGAGUCUGCAGGGCCAGUUGAGAAGCCAAGGCUCCGUCAGCCAACACAGCUCUCACUCUGACCUGUGCCACUCGGACAGGACGUCCUGCCACAGCAGCUCGACCACGCAGAGUGGACUUCAAGCCGAGAGCCAGCAACACCUUUCUGAUUGGACAGGAGCGGAUGUAGGAGGAGCCCACGCUGUCAGCCGACUGCGGGGCCUGCGGAGGGAAAACGGGCGGCUACAGGAUCAGCUGAGGGGCAGCGAGGAGCUCAACACCACCCUGCGAAGUGAACUGGAUCUGCAUCAAUCAAUCAUGGCCCAGACCGGCCGCCGCCAUCAGGAACAGGCUCAGGACCAGGACGCGUCGGCGCCCCGGACCCGCCGGCGAGAAGGAGACGUCGGCUCGCACAAGAAUGCUGCCGAACAGCCUCGCUCCAUGGACGCAGACUCGCUGGCAGAACAUCUGCAGGAGAUCCGCGUGCUGCGACAGCGCCUGGAGGAGAGCAUCAACACCAACGACCGUCUCAGGGAGCAGCUGGAGAAGAGACUAGCGGAGGUGGAGAAAGAUCCAGCAGCCACCAACAUCUUCAUCCACGGUAACGAGGAGCAGGGUCAGCUGGCCAAUGAGGUGCGUCUCCUCUGGGGACAGAACAAAGUCCUCAAUGACCAGCUCAGCCUGGUGUCAAAAGACAAGCAGAAGGAGCGCGAGAAGCUCCGGGAGACUCUGGCCAGGAGGACGGCCAAACUGGAGCAGAGCAGGAGGGAGUGUGCAGCCCUGAUGCAAGAAAACAACCAGCUGCAGGAGAGGCUGCAGCACAGCAGCCAAGCAAACUCCCAUCUGCAGGAGUCUGUGCACAGGUUGCAGUGUGAGGUGAAGCUUCAGGUGCAGCAGCUGUCCGACUCCCAGCAUCUUCUGCAGUCGCUGCGGGUGGAGCUGCAAGUUUAUGAAAAGAUCAAGAACGAAGCUCACAAACAAAAUGAGUCCAGCGAGGCGUCCCGGGGUCUCGCCUCGGGCUCAGUGGACCUGAGCGAGCUGCUGUCGGAGAUCAGACACCUGAGGCUGCAGCUGGAGAGGAGCAUCCAGACCAACACGGCACUGCGACAGAGACUGGAGGAGCAGCUGCUCAGAGGACCCAACCGCUCUGAGACCAUUAACAUCAACUACCUGCUGUCCUCUCCAGAUGAAGGAGGCAGGUCACCAGGUCGCGAAGGCUGCGAUCUCCUCCGUCAGUCGUUCCAGAGUCACAGCGAACACGCCGGUGUCCUCCCCGAUGAGACGGGCCGCGCUCACUCGGAGGAGGUCGGCGGCUCGUUCAGCAGCAGCUCGGGGGAGAGCGUCUCCAGCGCCCCCCCCCGCCUGGUGCCCGGCCACCGGAUGUGGGCCAAUCGCAACGGGCGGCAUAUUUUGGGUCUGAUCGAGGACUACAACGCCCUGCGCAAGCAGAUCUCAGAGGGCCGCAGGCUGUCGCGCUGCAUGGACAAGCAACUGCAGGAGAGUCUGCACGCACUCAAAGAGCAGGCCUCCGACAACAAGGAACAGCAGCAUCUAAAGGGCCUGUCGGGCAGCGUGAGCAGCAUGCAGCACGUGCUGGAAGAGGCUGGCCGGAUGCUCAAGCUGGUUUGGAGGGUCUCUUUGCCAGCUGGUCACACGGCAGGGGGCGUCGCAAGCAACCAGCAGGAUGAGCUGCUCAAAAAUGAGAUCGCCCGACUGAAGAGCAGGCUGUCGCAGCAGGAGAGGAUGCUGAGCGGAGCCGUUAAACGCCUGCGGACAACCAACCAGCUCAAGGAGGGAAUGGAAAGAGUCAUCAUUGACCAGCUGCAUCUCACCCACGGAGUGUUGAAGAAAGCCAGGGGGAACUUGGAGACAAAUUACUGCAGCCUCUUUGGACCAGGCGAAGGAGAUUCCGCUCAAUGGCCAGUAGGGGGCGCCCAGGAGCCUCGGCCCCAGUGGAUGAGCGUACUUGUCCCUCGAGGAGCAGCAGGCAGACACUCAGUCCUCUGAGGACGUCAGAAGGGACGCUUCUCUGCGCUGCGGCUACUAAAUCUGCUGUUCCGCUGCUUUUUAAUAAUAUAGCUGGUGGUUGUUCAUCCCGCCUUCCUGUCCUGCUGUGAAGACGUCACCUUACUCUCCUGCAAGCCUUUUGUACUGCCACACCCACCUGCAUUCAUUUUAGGUACUGGAAUUGUAAAGGGUUUUUUUGUUUUUUUUAAGAAAAUGCCUUUGUAAAUAAUGAUUACGAUUUAAAUAUUUUCCUUUAUUGUUUUUAUACUAUGCAUAGAAGAUGAAAAUGAUUAUUACUUUUAAUUGUUUCCAUUGGUUCGUUUAUUGGAUGGUUCUGGAAUUAUGUGCAAAUGCAGUAAAGAAAAUACUGCAACCCAA